AACUGGACCUGGGAGGUCAGCGGAUGGACCGCGGGUUGUGGCCGAAAAACCCGCAGUCACGAUUUCAAUGUCACGAUCGCGAGUGUGCAUUCCGAUGGCACGGAAAUUGCGGGUGUGAAGGCGUAUUGCAGUGGCCAGGAAAACCGGGUUUUAUCAGGUAUGUAA